AUGGACAUCGAGCAGACGCUCGAGAACCUGACGCUGAACAAGGGCAAGCUCGACUACGCGACGAUCCUCAAGCUGCAGGAGACGCUCGCGGACGCGUGCCGGAUCCACGACGAGACGCACGCGGACGAGAUGGCGGCCGUGCUCGAGAAGAUGCGGCUGCGCGGGUCCGAGGGCGCGGCCGACGCCGCGGCGCCCCAGCCCGCCUACGACUUCACGUCGCCGGGCCGCGGCGCCGCGAGCGACGCGCAGUGGUCGCCGACGCCGCUCGGCGCGGACGGCGAGCGGUCCGCGCCCGACCUCGGCGGCUUCCACAUCGGCACGACCGCGCCGCCGAAAGCGCCGCCGCGGCCCGACGCGGCGCGCCGGCUCGACUUCGCGUCCAUGGACGUCGACGACGAGCCGCCGCCGCCGCCACCGGCCGUGCCGCCGCCGCCCGCGGCCGUGCCGGGCGUCUUCGCGGUCGGCGCGCCGCCGCCCGCGCCGCCCGCGCCGCGGAAGGCGACGAAGAACGCGCGGUCGCCCGCGCCCCAGUCAGCCCUGUCGGACGCCGCCGAGCCCCAGAGCGUGCUGCCGCCCGAGGACGCGCCCAUGGACGAGGACGGGGGCCCCACGUUCUCCGAGGGCCCCACGUUCACCGUCGGGACGCAGUCGCCCGACCGGAAGCCCGCGUCCGCGAAGAAGAAGCGCGAGCGCCGCCGGUCCAGGGUCGACGCGCCCAAGGACCCGGGCGCGCUCGAGUGGUACGAGCGCGCGGGCCGCGAGUACGAGGGCGGCGACUACGACGGCGCGACGCGGUCCUACGGCGUCGCCCUGAAGCUCGCGGUGCCCGGCUGGGCGCUCGCGGCGAAGGCGCUGGGCAACCGGGGCGCGGCUUUGACGAUGCUCGGCAAGCACGAGGAGGCGCUCGAGGACUGCGACGCCGCCGUCGAGCUCGAGCCGACGCUGGCCAAGGUCCACAACCGGUCCGCGCGGCUCCGGCUCGCGCUCGGCCUGCCCAAGGCGGCGUCGCGGUCCUUCGAGCGCGCGCGCGACGCCGCGAAGCGCCUCGUCGACGACGCGCGGCUCCGCGGCUCCGCGGCGCCCCACGACGCCCUCAACGCGCUCCAGACCGCCGACGCGGGCCUCGUGGACGUGGAGCGCUACAAGGACGCCCUGCGGCGCUGCGGCGCGGCGCUCGACGGCGCGCGGCAGAAGGCGCGCGAGGCCGGCGCGGCGAACGACGAGAACGCGGGGCCCGCGCUCUUCCCGGGCAAGGGCGACGAGUCGCCGACGACGCCCGACGAGCCGCGGCGCCACGGCUCCGCCGCGAAGAAGCGCCGCGACGCGCGGCGCGCGGCCUACGACGCCGACUGCGACAGGGCCUUGAAGGCCGCGGAGGACGCGCUGCUCCGCGCGCCGCUGAGCCGCGACGCGCGCCUCGCCAAGGCGUCGGCGCUCCACCGCCUCGACAAGUGGCGCGAGUGCGCCGAGUUCUGCGAGACCUGCGCGACGACGGCCGCGCGGCCCAAGGGCGGCGCCGAGGACGACCGCGGCCGCGCGGCGCGCGUCGCCCUCGCGCUCGCGCGCGCGUCGCCGCUCGACGAGUCGCUCGGCGGCGAGGCCGAGGAGCGGAGCCUGGCGGAGCUCUGGGUCUGGACGCUGCGGUGCGCCGAGGCGCCCGACGCCGCGUGCGACGGCGCCAAGUCGCUCGCGGACGCGGCGCUCGCCGCCGUCGCCGCGGCCGACGUCACCCGGGGCCCGUCGCCGGAGGAGCGGCGCGCGCGCACGCGCUGCGAGCUCGAGCUGAACCGCGCGACGAAGACGCGGCGGGCCAAGGUCCGCGCCGACGACGCCUACGCGCGGGGCCACUACCGCGCGGCCGCGGCCAUGUACAAGGACGCGCUGCGCCUGGACGCGUUCGACGAGCUCGACGGGUUGAGGGCCGCGAUCCACUGCAACGUCGCCGCGUGCGCGCUCGUCCUCGACCGCGGCGCCGAGGCCGCGGACCACUGCUCCAAGGCGCUGCGGCUGCGGCCGGGCUACCUCCGCGCGCGGCUCCGCCGCGCGCGCGCGCGGAGCCGCUCCGACGACCUCCCGGGCGCCGUCAAGGACUUCGACCACUACGUCCGCGGCGCCGCGGGCAGCCGCGCCGCGUCCGCGGCCGACGUCGCCGACGCGAAGCGCGAGCGCCGCGCGACCCAGGACGCGCUCGACGACCGGGCCCGCGCGGCCGCGGCCGCGCGCGCGCGGCCGGGCGCCUCGGCCUUCCACGGCCGCCGCCCGCCCGCCGCGCCGCGGCCCGCGGCGCCGCCGCCGCCGCCGCGCCAGUCCUACGCGCACCCGCGGCCGUCGGCGUCGUCGUCGUCGUCCGCGCGCGCGCCCCACGCCGACGCCUUCUUCGGCAGGGCGCGCGGCGCGCCGCCGCCGCCCGCCGCGUCGUCCUGGCGCCGCCGCGACGACAAGCCCAAGCCCCGCGCGCGGCCCGCGUCGUCGUCCGCGGGCGUCGCGGCCAAGGCGUCGCACCACGCGGUCCUCGGCGUCGCGUCCGACGCGCCGCCGGGCGUCGUCAAGAAGGCCUACGCCAAGCUCGCCCUCAAGUUCCACCCGGACCGCAACGACUCGCCGGGCGCGACCGCGGCCAUGGCGCGCAUCAACGAGGCCUACGAGAAGGCCAUGGAGGCCGCGAACUCGCGCCACCGGUAA